AUGGCAACCUCUUUCUCUCCCACAACACCACUCCGUUCCAUCUUCCAAAACCAUCCCAAACCUCUUCUUCUCUCCCACUCAGCGUCCUCUUACACCGUCAAACGCUCUUCCACCUAUGCCAACUUCACACUCUCUAGGAAUGGAAAACCUCUCCUCUCUAAAGGAUUGUUGACCUUGCAUAAAAGAAAGGGAAUUGUGAGGGCUGCUACUAUUGAAGAAAUUGAAGCUGAAAAAGCAUUUAUUGAGAAAGAUGUUAAAAGCAGAAUGGAAAAGACUCUUGAUAAUGUUCGGACUAAUUUCAGUUCCAUAAGGACCGGGCGAGCAACCCCGGCUAUGCUUGACAAAAUUGAGGUGGAAUACUAUGGAUCUCCAGUUAGCUUGAAGAGCAUUGCUCAAAUAAGCACUCCUGAUGCCAAGUCUCUGUUGGUACAGCCAUAUGACAAAUCAAGCUUGAAGUCUAUUGAGAAAGCCAUAGUUAACUCUGAUGUUGGUAUGACUCCAAAUAACGAUGGAGACGUGAUAAGGUUGAGUAUCCCUCAGUUGACAUCUGAUAGACGAAAGGAACUAACCAAGAUAGUGUCUAAACAAGUUGAAGAAGGGAAGGUGGCUUUGAGGAACAUAAGAAGAGAUGCUUUGAAAGCUUAUGAAAAACUUGAAAAGGAAAAAAAGCUCUCGGAAGAUAAUGUGAAGGACUUGUCCAGUGACUUGCAGAAGCUGACAGAUGAUUAUAUAAAGAAGGUUGAUGUGAUCUACAAACAGAAGGAAAAGGAGUUGCUGACAGUUUGA